AUGAUCGCCCUCAAGAUUUAUGCGAGUGGAUGGCCAUCUAAUGUGAGCACCGAUGAAGAGAAAGAAAAGUUCGUCGACGACUACCGGAAACAGGGAAUCAUCUUGGAUAAUUGGGACCUUUUCCAGGAAAGUCCAGGACGUCGUCUCUUGUCCAAACUUCUCAUAUAUUCACUAAUCUGGACAAUGUUCCACGACACAUCCAACAUCAUGGAAAAUGUCUAG